AUGGCGGAAAUGGUAUCGGAAGCAGUGGAGGCUGACACAUUCCUUCGAAUCUACGAAGCCAUUGAGGAUUCGUCAUGCAAAAUUCAAGUUCCAGUCCGUCAUUUAUGUGCUAUUCGAAAAGUAGUAUGGUCAUCAUUUGAUUAUAUGACUGGACCUGAACUGGGUUUCACUUGGGAAGCAGUUUCUGCUACAAACGAAGCUACAUCAAGCGGCAAAAGUUCACUGUCGAGUAGUUCGCGUGAUGAUUCGAGUCUCACUUCUUCCGUUACUAAAGAUUGUAGUAGUGGUGCUGAUUAUGAAGAAAUUGAUGAUGUUUACAGAAGUAAACUAUUGACAGAAGCAAUAUCCGAUACCAUGUGUACUGAUACCAGUAAAGAUCUCGAUCAUUACCGCUAUGAUCAAGCUUCUGAAGUUCCUCAUAAUGUUUUCAAAAUGAAUAUGAUCAUGUGCAGUGACGAACGGUUGUAUUUGGAUGAAUUCAUGACUGAAAGCCGUUCAACUAUCGAUGGGACCACUAAGACAAGUUUCGCUUCUACAUCAAGAAAUGACGACUUUGAAAGUUCAACAAACAGUGAUAAGGAUAGCAGCGAUCACAAAGUGGAAGAAAUUGCUAGAAACAACUCGCCAAACGGAGUUGAGGAUUUACUGGAACUUAAUGAAACAACUGCAAAAACUAACGAAGAUUUGCAAGAUAUGGUUUCGUCAGGUUUCGAUUCGGGUAUAGUAGGCACUGUAUCGAUGUAUAGUGGAUUGAGUACGAUGGCAUCUUCACACGCAAAAGAAAUAUUGAAUGUUAAGCAAAAUGAAGAAGUCAAUGAGAGAUCAUGCAUUGUUAAUUAUGGUCGCACCGCGACAAACAAUAAUGCGGCUGCAAGCUGUGUUAGAAAAGACCAAACUGUUCAAUACGUUGGACAUGCUGAUUAUGAGACGCUUUGUGAUUUAGUUGGAGAAAGUAGUACAGUCCAACUUUCCGAUGAAGAAUAUGUUGCCAAAUUCGUUCUUGCUGAACAAAUUUGCAGCACACCGAUGCCAUCAAAUCCUAUAAUACAUAAGUUGACUUUAUUGCCGAAACGUCGCCUUUUUGUUGGUUCGUAUCUGUUUCAAGUAAAUGGUAGUGCUCAUCAUGACCGCGCUAUGUGUGCGAUUUCACUUCUCGGUGAUUAUUCAAGAUGGGAAUGGUAUGCUGAAAGACAGAAUAUAAUUGAGGAAGUAUUCGUAGAUAUUAUACCGCGUUUACGGAUCUCCUACUUGACAGAAAAUAUAGAAGAUUUUAUAUGCCGCGCAACCAAAGAAAUAUCGAAACUGAUGUCAUUUAUUGGUGUUUGUGAAGCUUACCCGUUGUUGUCACAAAAUACAUGUGAUAUUGGG